ACAACAUGAGUGUGUUCCAAUAACAAUAUCUAUGUAUCAGAUAUUUGGUGUUAUAAGUUCGAAUUCUUCGGGAAUCAUUUGUUCCAUCCAAAUUUUAUCUGUUCAUCUUCCUAAUGAAUGUCAAAUAAAAAUUAUAUUUUGAUUUGAAACUUCUGUAUUGCUUCUACCAGCCAAAUGUUUUAAGAAAAACAAACAAAAGAUACCAUUUUUUGGGAUAACUCAACUCAAUAGCCACAUUCAAACUUGAUCAACGGAAUUCUAUUGUGUACAUCAACCAAACAAAUCACCUACUGGCUUCGCAAUCACUGAUUACUGUAAAUAUUCAAUUACUGCACAACCUGUACAAACAAUAUUUUGACAACUAACAAAUAUAUAAUCAUAAUUACUAUCAAAAUAAAUUUAGUGAGAUUUUCCCAUUGAUUGAUUGCAACAACAACGAUAUCCCUAACACUUAUUCGAUCUGUCAUAAUUUGCUAAUUCAUUCAUAAUGAUCAGUAUUUGUAAAUGGUACCGUUGUAUUUACACUUUUGUACAAUCUCUUUUUCAUAAUUUUCAUAUGCAUUAUUUUUGAUUAUCAGAAUCGUGAACAUGGACAACGUGUCAAUAUAAUUAUGGUUGCUGAAGGUGCUAUCGAUAGAGGAUGUAACCCUAUCACUUGUGAAUUGGUGAAAAAUUUAAUAGUAUCAGAACUUCAACUUGAUACACGUAUAACUGUUUUGGGUCAUGUACAACGUGGUGGUUCACCAUCAGCCUUUGAUCGUAUCUUAGGCAGUCGUAUGGGAGCUGAAGCUGUUCUAGCCCUAAUGGAUGCUGAUCGUGAUCCUAAUCUACCAUCAUGUGUCAUUAGUUUAGAUGGUAACCAAGCUGUUCGUGUGCCACUUGUGAAAUGUGUUGAGAGAACACGUCAAGUUGCUGAAGCAAUGAAAGCUCGUGAUUUUGAUCGUGCUGUUGAAUUACGUGGAGCGAGUUUCAUGAACAAUUUAGCAACCUAUAUAAAACUUUCAAAGAUUGAACAACCACGUCAAAGUGUCAUGUCAUCUGAAAACAACUUGAGAAUCGGUAUCGUGAAUGUCGGUGCUCCAGCUUGCGGUAUUAAUGCAGUAAUAAGAGGAUUUACUCGUCUGGGUAUCACCAAAGGUUAUAAGAUUAUCGGAAUACACGAAGGAUUCUCCGGUCUUGUUAAAGGAGAUGCUAGUGAAAUACAGUGGUCUGAUGUACGUGGAUGGGUGGGAAUAGGUGGUUCCAUGUUAGGAACACGCAGAGACACACCAAAUAGUUUAGGUAUAGAGAAAGUAGCCGCGAGAUUUAAAGAAUUCAAAUUAAGCGGUUUACUUAUUAUUGGUGGCUUUGAAGCAUAUGAUUGUUUGAUAGAACUGGUCGAAGGACGUGAAAAAUAUCCUGAAUUAUGUAUACCUAUGGCUAUGGUACCAGCGACAAUUUCUAAUAAUGUUCCUGGUACUGAUUUCUCCUUGGGUUGUGAUACAGCUUUAAAUGAAAUAACCUCUGUUUUAGAUAAAAUUAAACAAAGUGCAUUGGGUACAAAACGUCGAGUAUUUGUUGUUGAAACAAUGGGUGGUUAUUGUGGUUAUUUAGCUACAAUGAGUGCAUUAGCUGGUGGAGCAGAUGCUGCUUAUAUAUUUGAAGAACCCUUUACAAUUGAUGAUUUACGUGAAGAUGUAGUACAUCUACGUGCAAAAAUAGAUGAUAAUGUUAAACGUGGUUUAAUACUACGAGCUGAAUAUGCUAAUAAAUAUUAUACAAGUGAAUUUAUUCACCAUUUAUAUGCUCAAGAAGGUCAAGGUAUAUUUGAUUGCCGUUGUAAUGUACUGGGUCAUAUGCAACAAGGUGAUAGACCGAGUCCAUUUGAUAGAAGUUUAGGUACAAAAUUUGCUUCGAAAGCAAUUGACUGGUUAGAUGAACAAAUCAAUGCUAAUAUACGUUCAGAUUCUACAGUCUAUACACCAGGACAUUUAUGCUGUACACUUAUUGGUAUUGUACGUCGUCAGACAACCUAUUCAAACAUUAUGGAAUUGAGAGAACAUACAGAUUUCGUACAUCGUUUACCAAAAGAAGAAUGGUGGAUUAGUUUACGUCCAUUAAUGCGUAUUAUGGCUAAACAUGAUAGUCUUUAUGAAUCAGAAAGUAUUAUGGCUGGAACUGAUAGAAAAUAAACAAUCAAUAUUUUAUUUUUAAUUUUUAAAAGAAUAAUCAUAAGAGAAAAGAAAAAAAUGGUGAAACAAAUGAUACUUUUUUUUUCUUUUGUUUAUUUCAACUCAACUCAUUCAAUAUUAGUUUUGGCUUACCUUCAUUGAAUCAGAUCUUAUUAUUGACAAUUUCUGUCAGUUUGUUUGUUCUCACUGAUUGACUCGUUUAACUUACUAUCAAUAAUUCAACCAACCUUGUCCAUCUUAUUCUGCUUUACCUGAGAUCAAUCACACAUGUAUUGAAACCCACAGGUUUAGUUAGAUUAAACACUAAUAUUAUUAUUAUUAUUAUAAGUCAUUUUAACCUUUCCAAUGCCAAGAUGAUUACCAACAUCACCUUUAUUACUGAAAUCUAGUUGUAGAAAAUGACAAAGUGACAUUUACUUUUCUUUUUCAAGACAAAGAAAAACAACAACAGCAACAAAGAAAACAAUAAAGAAAUGAAAAUCAUUAUCAGUGUGUUUCUUUCAUUCAGUUUUUCUUUUUCUCUUACCUUUUAGUGAGUCCAUGUAGUAGUAGUAUUAUAAUAGUGCAAUAUUUAAACGUUAACGAGUUAUUUUUCUCUCUUUUUUUUCUUGUACAAUAGAGAAAAUGUAUAAUGAAAACGUUGAUUUUGUUUCAAAUUUUCAUGUAAUAAAUCAUUUAACCAUUUC